UGUCAGCGUAAAGUGUUUCGUUCUUUUCAUUGUAAAAUGGUGGUUUAGCUUUAAAUAUGGCGAAUUUAUCGAAUCCACUACCUUAUAUUACGAAGAGGGAAUGUGGACUUUUGUAUGAUUUGAGAGCCGAGAUAUUUAAUAAACGGCUUUUUGCGGCUAAAAACUUGUAUCGGCGUGAUUUGGUUUGCCAUUUUGGAUGCGUCAAUGCCAUCGAGUUUUCGGCAAAUGGCGAAUUACUUGUAUCAGGAGGAGAUGAUAGGCGGGUUAUGGUAUGGCAGUUUGGACAAGCUAUCCUGGACAAGGGCAAACCUGAACCAAUGAAAGCCCUACAUGCAUCCAACAUAUUCUGUUUGGGUAUAACUCCGGAUGGUAAUAAGAUUUAUUCUGGUGGAAAUGAUGAUAUUGUUAUUGUGCACCACGUAGAAAGCACAAGACCUCUGGAGGUGCUUCAACAUCAACGCGCAGUAUGUAGUCUCAGCAUCGACCCGUUCAACGACCGCGUGGUCGCAACAGCUGGCAAUGAUGGGAGACUAUUGCUGUUUGAUACACGACAGUCUGUGCAUGAAUCCCUAGUUAUAUCACGCAGCAGGAAAGCGUUCCACGGCGUGAUGUUUCAUCCGCAACAGACUGGCAUAGUCGUGGCCGCAAACGCGAGAGAUGGCGUUGGCCUUUGGGAUCUACGCGUGCCGAAACAUCCGGUUCUUCGGUACGUGGGCAACAACGGAUCCUGCCAAAACAGUAUGAGUGUACGGUUCAACCAGACUGGAACACAUGUACUCGCCUUGCGUCGUCGUCUACCUCCGGUGCUGUACUCGGUGCAGUCCGCGGAGCCGGUCGCGGAGUUCUACCACCAGGAUUAUUAUAACUCCUGUACUAUGAAGAGUUGCUGCUUCGCUGGUACCAGCGACCAGUUCGUGCUCUCCGGAUCGGAUGAUUUCAAUCUCUACAUGUGGAAGAUACCAGAUAAUGGAGGAGAUUUUGAUAUGGUGGUGGAGCCGCCCCAUAUGGUGUUGUACGGUCAUCGAUCUAUCGUAAAUCAAGUGCGGUUCAAUCCCAAUUACUGCUUGAUCGCUUCGUCUGGAGUGGAGAAAAUUAUAAAGGUGUGGUCAGCAUUGGAGUAUCCGCAAAUGCGCGGAACACUGCUAGAAGAGGCACAAGGUUCAGACAACCCUCGCGAGAUAUACAGCCACGAAGAUUAUGUAUCACUCGUCCACCACAGUGGUCAGUACCUUACACACAACUACGCAGAGCAGUCGACAAGUGAAGACCCUCGGAUGAUGGCGUUCUUCGACUCACUCGUGCAAAGGGAACUGGAGUGCCUUGCCGAAGAGACGGACUCGCUGGACGGAUCGAGUUCCGGUUCAGGCCACGGCAACGUUUCCGACUCUAGCGAUACUGUUGUGGACUUUUUGACUUUACCUAUACGAGCAUCGUCGAACGGCAGUCGUAGUCAGCGAUGCCCAAACAGACUGGCGCGUCUAGUGUCACCGCGAUACCCAAAGAAUAUGAGAUCACAGAAACGUGGCUCUCUUAGACGUAACAAACAGUCCCGUGCGUGCGUAAGCAAAUCUAAUAAAUGUUCACCCGGGACGAGCGCUAAGGGUAAAAGGACGCCAUUGCGACGUGCUAGAGGGCCCCGCAGACCAGCUUCCAGGACGAUAUGUCUACCCAAUACUAGAUCCAGGGUUUCGGCACCGUCUAGCGAAAGGACGGACUCGGAUGAACCAGCGCAUUGCUUGUAUAGAAAUUCUGGAAGGAUUAUAAGACCACUUAGGAGAAGAAUGAACAUCACAAGAAGCACUAAGAGGAAAAGUAAAACUAGUUAUAGAAAAUUUAUGAAUCUAAGGAGUAACGGUAACACAAUGGCACAAGACAGUAGUGAUAAUAAUAAUUUUACCAAUUUUGACAAUAAUUUCGAAGACAAUUUAGCUUUACCUAGCACAAGUACAGGUUACCGUGGCCAAAGCAAUUCAUCAUUAUUCCGGAUAGCAGAAGUCGAUUCUGACGACGACCAAUCCGUAGGCAGUCGGCCUAUAUCGCCCAGAACACAAAACAGCAACCAAAGCAUUCCUAAUAACCUUAUUGGCAUUGUGCCGACACCCAUCAAUGGUUCAAGGGAUUCUAUAGGCGAUUCUUUAACAGUUGAACCCCUAGAUUCUGAAAGCAACCGUUCAACACCUCCGCCGGAAAAUCGGUUACGGAAUAUGAGAAGAGUGAGAAGGAGUGGAAGGCUUAAUAUCCAAAGAUCAGAUUCCAGCGAAUCUCCACCACCAAAGGAUGUAUCCGAUAGAAUUAAUGCAGUCACAUUGGAUAGACUUUCUCCUAACGUUGGCUACAAUAGGACAGUAGCAAGACUGAUGAACGAAACUAAUGAAAGUGAACUAGAAAGCAGUUGUAGUACAGAGGGAAGUUUAUGGCAGACUCCAAAUACAUUAGGAACCCCCGACAGUGGAGUUGGAACGGUCGCCGGGAGCUCCACGAGAAAUCCACAGCCCAUAGAUGAUGUGUCCGACGAUCCAGAGUAUCAGGCUUUUAAGUUCAGGCAACGCGUGAAAAAGGCUCGACGAAAUUACAGAAAUCACAUAGAUUCGGACUCCAACUGAACUAACAAUACAAAUAUAUAUGUGGACUGUUGUAUUGAAUUUUCUCUCUCGCUCGCUCGAGUCUCGUUGCCCAAAGUUUAUUGGAAACUUGGGUAAAGGACAGUGCUUAUGCACAAGUCAUAACUUGGGAAGAGACAGUCGAGGUCACUUGCAUUUAAAGUGUCUCUGUUUUGAGCAAAAUUGAUGUUUACUAUUUAUUGUGAUUAUUUAUUGAUAACACAUAUGAGAUAAUAUUCUCAGCGACUCAUUAAAAAGUCUGGCAUUAUGCAGUGUUUUGCCAAACUUCAACUAAAGUACUUUCAAAUGACCCACCCAUAAAGCAAAAUAUUUAUUGAAAUAUAAAAAAAGAUAUUGAAAAAGAACAAUAAACGUAAUAUUUAUCUUAUCAUUGUGGAAACUGAGAAGGCUCAAAAAGUCUAAUAAUUGUUUAUCCGAAAGAAGUGAAAUUUCGUUUGUUUGAAUACACUUGUGUUGUACUAUGGUAAAUUAAAUGCAAGAACUGGUUCAUAUAGAGUCAAAUUGGCUUAAGCCCCAGGUCAAAUCAAGAAAUUAAGGAAGAGUCGAGAGUGACAUGAUUAGCUAGUUUCAGUGUUUACAAUUUUCUUUUCCUCCGUUUUGAAGACCGGCCGAUGGCCGUUGAGGUUUCAAGGUGCUCGAAUGGUGAAUCAGAACUACACUGUCCCCCAAGGAGGUGGGCAGACGUCAUCAGUGGACUUUGGAACUCCCUAUAUAAGACCUAUUGCUGGCAGUGGUAUAAAUUGGUUUUAUGACAGUAGUGGCUUAAGAACUUUUACUGAUUAAAUAAGCAGCAAGAAUUCAACAUUACUUAUACUUCUCUCUGGUUUCUAGAAAUGACUAAAACUUCUUUAGAAAAUUGCUGUGGAAAUCUGACUUUUGAUGUAUAUUAUGUACCUUUUAUAACUAUUUUCUAUACUCAAACUCAUUGCUUAAUGAUCAUUUACUAACCGUACUCAUCAGUUUACGUUACUCCUCAAAGUCCUCUCUGAAAAACCUUUGUGAAAUCGGCGACUAAUAUAUACCUCUCAAUAUAAUAAUGAACUUAUUAUAUUGAGAGGUCAAAAGUUGCUUUUGUGUAGAAUAUUGAAUUAUAUAAUUAUGUGAUCUAUUAUAAAGUUAAUUAAUUAUUAGUUUGUAAGAUACAAGGAUGUUAUCUGAGCGGUUUUUAGCAUAUAAUCAUGCUGAUAAAUAAAUGAAUAAACACAUA